AUGUCGAAAUUUCCUAUCGACACUCAGCGUGAAGCACUUGCCAAGAAAAUAACUGAGGAGCUCUUUGACGUGAAUCUGCUAAUACAAUUCUUGGAAGAGAUCACCACCAGUGAGGAAUUCUUUUCUCGCUAUACCUCAAAUAGCCAUUCAAUUUCACUCACUACCACUAGUCUUGAGAGCAAACUAAACAAUGGAAACCCUAACGUUCAGUGCUCUCCUGCAUGUAUUGCAAAGUCAACCAUUAGCCGCUCCAUUGCGACAAAUAUAAAACACCUCAUGAAAGGUCCUAGUACCUUCAAAGGAAUGAACUGUGCUAAAUAUGUGCAUCCUUGUCCCACAAUGCAUUUUUUCAUCGGCGAAAAACUCACUAAAGAACUUCGUCUGCUCACAAUGGAGGAAGCUAAGUUACGUCUACAGACAUUUGGUUCGGAUGACAUAGAAGAAAAUAUAUCACAAAAACUUGCAUUAGAAGUAUGGGACGCAGAUGGUCAUCAGCUUUCACUCUUCCUGUUCACCUACCAAGCUAUAACAAAGCCGUUGCAGACGCCACAGAUCUGUCCAGAAGAUGUAGACUUCAUGCGAAAGCAUAAUCUUCAAUCGAUGUUAACAAAAAGAAAUCCAAAGUCAAACCGUCUAUCCUGUUGA